GAAGCUUGGAAGCGAGCGGAGCCUGGCCAGUCUGGGGGAGGAGCAGCAUUUCAGGCGUCUAGGCUUCCGCUGAGGAGAGACAGCUUGGAGCUUCAAUUAGUAGCAGAGGUCCCCGUAAGCAGAUCAUCUGCAUGUGCGUUGUCAACUGAGUGCCGGAAAGGUGGUGUCGCUUCAGGCGCACACAGCCGGGAGUUGGUUCUGCUGGACAACUGGAGUGAGAAUCUGGGUAACUGGCUCACAGGGCCAGGCCCACCACCACACCUGUGACACCAAGGAGGGGCGGAGCAUCCCCGGAGAAGUCUGGAAGAGAGCAGAGCCUGGCCAGUCUGGGGGAGGGGUUGCAUCUGUCGGGAGGCUGCAGCUGACAAGAAGCUUCAAGCAGCUCAUCUACGUCAAUCUCCAGCUCGAGGAUCUCCUUUUCCAGACAGUUGUAGAGGCGCGUGAGCUGCUCCAGGAUCCACUCCUCCAGGUUGAGGCUCCUGGCGGUCAUACUUGACGGGAAGGGCCUUCGGCCUUGCUCUUCACAGGGCGGGGGCGGAGCAUCCCCUGAGAAGCUUGGAAGUGAGCAGAGCUUGGCCAGUCUUGCAGGAGGAGCUGCAUUUCACACAGGCUGCAGCUGACAAGAAGCUUCAAGCCUCGGUUAAUAUCAGAAGUUCCUGCAGCCAGAUAAUCCACUGGUGCAUGUCAGUGGAGCUCUAGAAAGGCAGGGAGAAGGCUUUGCUAGAGUGAGAAUCCAGACCAACGCCUUGCAGGUCCAGACCCACCGUCAAGUCCUGUGAAAACUGUGCUGUCGCAUUCAAACCACGUGCUAAAGAAUCUGUUGGAGAUCCAGGUGGAAGACUACAGACCACAGAAGUUGUAAACUCUUUUUAUUAUUAAGACAAAAGAAGUCUGCUGAAGAGUGUUGUUUGGGGGAGGACCUGCCUGCAUUGGCAUAGACAAUCAGAUAACUCAACCCCUGAUAAUAACCUGUUGACACACAAAUCCAGAUCACAAUGGAUGCUGAGUAUGUUUUGUGCAUCUGGAAAGACCAGUUAUGGCCAGCAAAAGUUUUAUCCAAAUCUGAAGCUUCAUCAAAUGAUCAGGUAAAUGAGCUAUUUUCCCUAGAAGUUCAAAUACUCUCACUAGAUGAAAAAAUUCAAGUGAAAAGCACAGAAAUAAAGAAUCUAGAUAAAUCUCAAAUUGAAGACAUUUAUUCCUCACUAGGGUCAAAAUCAGAGGUCAGUGAUAUACCUAGAGAGGAAACAUCCUAUCAGAGAUCACUGAAAGCAGCACUGGAUAUUCUGAAUGAGAGAGCAAAUUUUAGUCAAGCAAGCACUUCAAGUGAAGAAGAGACCCUUACACUCUCCCAAAGUGUACCACAAAGUGAAUCUGAUGCACCCCCUCUGAAAAAGUUUCGCAGAAGUGAAGAGGAAAAUGAAAACCCAAUAAGCCUUUUGGAAUCUACAGAGAGUGAUAAUUCUCUGUGUGAUGACAAACCACAGUUACACACAAACGAAGUGGAAACCAAGGUCUUACAAACCUCCACCGGGAGUCAAACUUGGACUUCAUUUUCAGAAGAUGAUGAUGAUGAGAAAGAGAGCAAGAGUAAGCCUGACGUCUUAACAGUUAUGCCCUUGGAUUCUACAGUCAAAGAAGAGGAAAAAUAUGUUAAAGAUGAGAAGUUUGAUCCAAUUUUCCCAUCAGAUUUUCUCACUGUGCCCAAAGCUUUUAAAGAGGAAGUAGAUGACACUGACCCAGAGCCUCUAGCUACUUCUUCUGAAUGCUCUGCCUUCCCAGAGAAUAACGAGGAUCCUGGAGAGGGUCCCUCAAAUCCAGGCAUAGAUGUUAGCCAGAACCAGCCUUCCACAGCAUCAGAGAUGGUUGCUGUGGCAUCUUCUGAGCCCGUUUCAGGAGAAUCCUCGAGCUCACCGAAUGCUUCGAACCGUGUCACGGAUUAUUCACGCUAUCUUGUGAACAGUAGAAGAAGCCUUGAGAGACUGGACUGUGACGAUUUUGAAGAACUUAGAGGCUCAUCAUUGCAUUACACGUCGAUUGCUGAUUCUAUAUUAAACAAUGAUGAGGAAGAGGAGGAGGAAGAACUUCCACGCUUUAUUUUUCAGUAUAAGCCAAGUAAUUUUGAGGCAGGAAUCCUUGUCUGGUUUAAAUACCAAAAAUACCCAUAUUGGCCAGCAGUCAUUAAAAGCAUUAGGCAAAAAGAAAGAAAAGCAAGUGUGCUUUUUGUUGAGCCAAACCUGAAUCCUGAAAAGCGAGGAGUUAGAGUGUCCUUUAGAAGACUAAAGAAAUUUGAUUGUAAAGAAAAACAAGCACUAGUGGACAAAGCCAGGGAGGAUUAUAGUGAAGGUAUUGACUGGUGCCUAUCACUCAUUUGUGACUACAGAGUUAAGAUAGGUUGUGGUUCUUUUUCGGGCUCAUUUUUUGAGUAUUAUGGUGCUGACAUCAGUUACCCAAUUAGAAAGAUAAUGAGACGAGAUACCAUAAGGGAUCUUUUCCCCAAACUGCCUAAUGAAGAUACUGCAGAAACUAUGGUGGCAACAUCCCAGACCAAGAAAAUGUCCUUCCAGAAGAUUCUCCCUGACCGAAUGAAGGCUGCUCGUGACCGAGCCAACAAAAACCUAGUAGACUUCAUUGUGAAUGCAAAGGGAACGGAGAGCCAUCUUCUGGCCAUUUUAAAAGGCAGGAAAGGGUCCAAGUGGCUGAAGGCAUUUUUGCAUGCCAACAGAUUCAUGCCAUGUAUUGAAACUUACUUUGAAGAUGAAGAUCAGUUGGAUGCUGUGGUAAAUUAUUUACAAGAAAUCUGUAAACAGAUAGAUGAAAGAAUGUUGACCUUGAUAAAAGGUGAUAAAAUUAAAUUCAUCUUGGAAGUUCUUCUGCCAGAAGCAAUCAUUUGUGCAAUUUCUGCUGUUGAUGGAUUAGAUUACAAUGAAGCUGAAGCAAAGUAUCUGAAAGGACCAACUCUAGGCUAUAGGGAAAGAGAAUUAUUUGAUGCAAAAAUCUUAUUUGAGAAGAGAAGGAGACCACCAACAAAUGAAUCUCAGUAAAUCUGAGAGUCUAAACCGUAAUAUAGAGCAUUCAUAAAUAUUCAUUUUUUACAGAAUUUCUUUACCAUUUUCUCUAACAUGUAGAUAUUUUCUGGAACCAGGAAACUUUAGGGAACAUGCUCAGUUUUGAGAUCUUUAGGAUCUGUGGACAUCUUCAUUUCUUUUUCUUGUGCUUCUUCCAAAUCAUUUUUUAAAUACAUUUGAGCAGUUCUACUUUCCUGUACAUUUCUAGAAUGCAUAAUUCCUAGAUUUUAAGGGGAAAUACCAUUUUGCUUUAUGAUAUUUUUGUGUUCAUACGGUAUAGUUAAAUACAGUAUGAUCCAUCAUUGUCAUAUUAAAAAUGCACUGGUAUCAAAUAUGAAGCAAGAUAAUCAGAAUAAGUAGCCUAAAAGAUACAUCACUUAUAUAUUUUUUGCUUACUUUUUAUAAAAUAUUAGGCUUUCUCCUAAGAUAGUUGAAUUAUUUUUCCUGCCAUGCCUAUUUAUUUUUGGGAAAAAAAUAUAUCUCUGAAACAUAGAACCAAAGAUAGAUAUGCUUUGCUAUAUAUAUAUAUCUAUAUAUCUAUGUUACAACCAACUUCAAAUGCUUUUGCAAGGAAACCAUCUGAAGUUCAAAUAUAGAGUAAAUGGAUUAUCUGCAUGUAGUCCCUCUGUGGGCUAAUGACAUCUCAGCAAGCUGAACAUUAUUUGGGAAGCCUUAAGCAAGAUUGCUCACUCUGUAUUUCCCUGGAAUUCCAUUUAUGGGAGUGUCUACACUUCAAUGACUGAAUGGUUUCUUAAAAGACAGACUUCUGGCUGCCUUAACUGGCAGUGACUGGAUCUUCUUGAUAGCCUUCUCCAAGGUGGAAGGACUCUAGAGUCACCACCUGCACAGUCUGCCUACUCUAGACCUGGACGUCCAGGCUGACCGCUGUAAAGCUCAUCUAGUCUUGUAUCAACGGUAGGAAAAACAGUGACAUUUUGGUCCUAACUCGUGUAUCUUCAAAGGUGUUAUUUGUCUCAAGUCAAGCAAGCUUCAUCCUCUGGCUUAUUCAUAGAGUAGCUCUAACAGUUUCCAGCAGUAUAAAUGCUGAUCGGAAAGUCAUUCCAGGCUACUUUCAAGAAGAGCUUCAAAUGGGUCCAUUGGCUUGGACCCCUUGCUGUGAAUUUGUGCUUGUGUUUCCAUUUACCGCACAUAUACUGAACCAAAAUCUACAUUUUAACAAGAUCCCUAGUUGAUUCUUAGAGAACCCCAGGUGAUUUCUUGACUACAAAGAGUAGAUGGACCAGGUACUUGGAAUUUGGAACAGGGUUACAGAAAUGUUUUUUCCAAUUUGGCUAAAUAUGACAAUUAUUGGAAUCUGACUAAACAUAAAUAAAAGGUACACUCUGAAGCUAAUGAAUGGUUUAUCCUUUGUGUGAGAACAAGUUUCAUAAAAGCCAUUUUACUUUAAAAACUUGAUAUGAAAAUAAGUGCUAAAUGUUGAACAUAAAUUGGAUUGCUUUUGAAAGCCUUGGAGUAAGUUAUAUGUUGUUCAUGAACUGUGGCUAUGCGUUCAUAUGGCCACAUGUUGACUAAUUGUUUGAAUUAGGAAAGUUAUACCAUUUUCAAAAUACAACUCAUUGUAUCUUUCACCUAGGAUUUCUGAUCCUUCAUAAUACAGCUUAUAUAAUGACAUAAGUGGUGUGUGUAAAUUUUACAAAAUAUACAUGUAAUUUGAUUGGAAGUUUUGCUUAUUGUAACUGUCACCGUUUUAAUAUUAAUUAAAAGGCGUUUCUGCAUUCUCAAUAAAUAUUCACGUUCAUGCA